AUGAGUAAAACAACAGCUACGAGUGAUAAUAAAAGUGGUUCUGGUCCCCUUUAUCGAAUUCCUCCUCAUUAUUAUAUUCAUGUUUUGGAUCAAAAUACAAAUGUUACACGACUUGAAAUUGGUCCAAAAACAUUUAUUAAACAAGAUAAUGAAACAGUCACUAUUGGACCAGAAAAGAUGAUUACAGUACCACCACGCCAUUAUUGUGUUAUUGAGUCACCUGUAGUACGUAAUGAAGCUGGAGAAGUUCAAUUUGAUAAAAAUGGACAGGCAAAACUUAUUCAUGCUGAUUUGGAUAUUCGUCUUGCUCAACCUGAUCAAGCACCAUUUCCUCUUUAUCCCGGUGAAAUUCUUCGUCAGCCUGUGACUCCAUUAAAAGUUGUUCCUGCUAAUUCAGCAUUACGUCUAAAAGCUGUACUCGAUUUUGAAGAUGAAACAACACAUGAACAACGUCGUGCUGGUGAUGAAUGGUUAUUUGAAGGUCCAGCUACUUAUAUUCCUCGUAAAGAAGUUAGUGUUGAGGAACAAAUUCGAGCUACAGUUAUUGGUUCUAAUCAAGCUAUAAGACUUUGUGCAAAAAAAGAAAUUAUUGAUCGUGCAGGUCAACAUCGUGUUACUGGUGAAGAAUGGUUAGUUAAAAAAACUGGUGCUUAUUUACCUCUUGCAUAUGAAACUGUUGUUUCUGUAGAAAAUGCUUAUGUAUUAACCGAUAAAAAAGCUCUUCAUCUUCGUGCAUUAAGAACUUUUACAGAUAAUUUUGAUAAACAACGUAUGAAUGGUGAAGAAUGGCUUGUAACUCUUGCUGACACUGAAACACAUAUUCUUAGUGUAUAUGAAGAAUUAGUUAAUGUUGUCAAUGUAAUAACAUUGACUUCUCGUCAAUAUUGUGUUAUACUUGAUCCAGUUGCUGAUGGAAAACCACAAUUAGGAAAAAAAAAACUUGUCGUGGGUGAAAAAUCAUUCUUUCUUCAACCUGGUGAAAAACUUGAAAAUGGAAUUCAAGAUGUUUUUAUAUUAGGUGAAGAUGAAGGUGUUAUACUUAAAUGUAUUGAAGCAUUUAAAGAUGAACAAGCUAAGGUUAAUCGAAAUCCCGGUGAUAGAUGGAUGAUUCGUGGCCCAACUGAAUAUAUUCCCCCAACACAAGUUGAAGUUGUUACACGUCAAAAAGCAAUUCCAUUAGAUGAAAAUGAAGGUAUAUAUGUUCGUGAUAUAAAAACUGGUUGUGUACGAGCAGUCAUUGGUGAAACAUAUAUGUUAACACAAGAUGAAGAAUUAUGGCAAAAAGAAUUACCUAAACAAGUUGAGGAACUAUUAUCACGUGAUGCAUUAAGUGAACGAAAUGUUCUAACACGCAAUCAAACAUCAGAUAAAUCUAAAUCUCAACAACAAACAACAACGUCAAAUACAAAUCUUGCUAAACGUGAUAAAUCAAAAUUAAUUACAUAUCGUGUUCCACAUAAUGCUUGUGUACAAAUCUAUGAUUAUAAAGCUAAAAACGCACGUAUUAUAUUUGGUCCUGAACUUGUUUUGCUUGGACCAGAUGAACAUUUUACAUUACUUUCAUUAAGUGGUAGUGUACCGAAAAAACCUAAUCAAAUUCAAACACUUUGUUUACUUCUUGGACCAGAUUUUUUUACUGAUGUUAUUGUUAUUGAAACAGCUGAUCAUGCUCGUCUUUCAUUACAACUUUCAUAUAAUUGGCAUUUUCAAAUAUCCGAUACGACUGAUGAAAAAGAAGCAGCAAAACUUUUUUCAGUGCCAGAUUUUGUUGGUGAUGCAGCUAAAGCUAUAGCUUCACGUAUUCGUGGUGCUGUUGCUGGUACACAAUUUGAUGAUUUUCAUAAAAAUUCAGCUCAAAUUAUUCGUGCAUCAGUAUUUGGUCUUGACGCUAAUCAACAUAUAAGAGAUAAAUUUAUUUUUCCACAAAAUAAUCUUGUUAUUACAUCCAUUGAUAUACAAAGUGUUGAACCAGUUGAUCAACGAACACGAGAUGCACUUCAAAAGAGUGUUCAAUUAGCUAUUGAAAUUACAACAAAUUCACAAGAAGCAGCUGCUAAACAUGAAGCUUCACGUCGAGAACAAGAAGCUAAAGGAUUAUUAGAACGACAACGUAUUAAAGAUGAAGCUAAUGCUGAAGAAGUUCGAAGACAACUUCUUGACUUACAAGCUUUAUCAGCUGCUGUUGAAUCAACAGGUCAAGCUAAAGCUGAAGCACAAAGCCGUGCUGAAUCAGCUCGAAUUGAAGGAGAAGCAGCUGUUGAACAAGCUGGUCUCAAAGCUAAAGCUACACAAAUUGAAGCUGAAGCUGAAUUAUCACGUUUACAAUUAGCACGUGAAGCUGAAAUAAAAUUUUUACGUGAACAAAAUGAAUUAGAAAUAUCAAAGAAAAGUGAAAUGUCAAGAAUUGAAACUGAAAAAUUUAAAUUACAAGUUGAAUCUAUUGGUGCAUCGACAAUUCAAUCAAUUGCUACUUCAGGUCCAGAUACACAAGUUAAACUUUUACAAGCACUUGGUCUUCAAUCAAUGUUGGUUACUGAUGGACGUACACCUAUUAAUCUAAUGGGUUUUGGACAAGGACUUUUAGGUGGUUUAACUUCAACUGCAAUAAAAAAUUCUAAGAGUCCUAGUGGUUAUCAUGUUGAGGAGAAUGAUUAG